AAUGGUGGGAAGAUAGUGCUUAUAACCGCCUUAACUGUCACUACCCACAAACUCAUUAAAUAAACAAACAAAAACCCAUAAAAAAAAAGAAGAAGAUAAUAAUCAAACUUGCAGCAAAAAGAUCGAAGGACAAUUAUAAUAGUUGUUGUAAUUAGUGGGAGUGGAAAAUGAGUGAGAUGAUAAAGAAAGGGCCAUGGAAAGUUGAAGAAGAUGAAGUGUUGAUUAAACAUGUGAAGAAAUAUGGGCCAAGAAAUUGGAGCUCCGUUCGAUCCAAAGGACUUUUACAGCGUACUGGAAAAUCUUGUCGUCUUCGUUGGGUCAAUAAACUGAGACCCAACUUGAAAACUGGAGUGAAGUUUUCAGCAGAGGAGGAGAGGACUGUAAUUGAACUGCAGGCACAAUUUGGGAACAAAUGGGCUAGAAUUGCUACAUAUUUGCCUGGAAGAACUGACAAUGAUGUCAAGAAUUUUUGGAGUAGCCGGCAAAAGAGAUUGGCUAAGAUUCUGCGGAACUCAGCGCCACAGCCAAGUAAACCACAAAAGAAUAUCAACAGGGAAGCCCCUUCUGCUCUUCAAAAAGUUCCCUCAGUUGAGGCACCAAAAUUGAACUCAUUGGCAGAGGAAAGGUCUUUGUCCAUGUCCCAGUAUUGCUCAUCAUCCUAUAUGAAUAGCUUUGACACAACCAACAUGGUCCCACUGCCAGAGCUAGUGAAUUCAACUUCAUUUCCUUUUGAGCCAGAACUGCUUCAACUUGAGUUCACUCCCUAUGAGAAGAGAACCUGCAUCUGGCCACAGUUUCCGCUCCCUUUUACUCAGAUUCCAGUCCAAACUAACUUUGGUCACUCACUCGAAUAUCAAGAAUUACCCAUGAAACUUGAGGAGACUGACUUCUUAGAUUAUUUCGGGCAGCUUAGUGCUUCUGAUAUAGGAAAUGUGCAAGUCCCUCAAGGGUCGUCGUGUUCAGGACAAGAGAGAAGCUCUGAGAUUACAGUGAAGAGAGAAAUGGACAACCCCCUUACCCCAGAUAGCUUCAUCGAUGACUUUCCCUUGGACAUGUUUGAUUACAUGGAUCCACUGCCAAGCCCAUCCGAAUGGUGAUAUGGUGAUUAUUCUAUUUCAGACAGGACGAAAGGAAAUUGUUACUAGCAUGUUAGACAGAUUUGUAGUACUCUAUGCAACAUGAUUGCUAUAGUAGCUAUUCUUUUUAUGAGACAAUUUGCCUAGUGCUUAACUGCUUCUAACAGUUGUUCAUCUAGUAGAUUGA